AUGGGGAUCCCAGGCCUUAUCCAAGCGAUUGGUACUGGAGAGCGAAUUUCUUUGUCCAGGUUGGCGAUAGGACAUUUGGAACGCAAUGCAAGACCCAUUCGUGUCGCAGUGGACAUCUCCAUCUGGCUCUUCCAGGUGCAAGCCGGUCGGGGCGGCCGAAACCCCGAAUUGCGCACUUUAUUCUACCGGCUGCUGAAAAUCCUGGCACUGCCCAUCCAUCCGCUCUUUGUAUAUGAUGGACAGCAUAAGCCACCUUUCAAACGAGGUCGCGCGGUGGCCGCGCGCAGUUACGGGAGUGCGCCGAUCAUUCGGCUGUCGAAGAUCAUGGUGGAUUUGUUCCGGUUUCCACGCCACGAUGCGCCCGGAGAGGCUGAAGCUGAGUGCGCGAGGCUGCAAAAAGUCGGAGUGGUUGAUGCCGUUAUGAGCAACGACGUUGAUGCUCUGAUGUUUGGUUCAACGUUUACAGUAAUGAAUUUCUCGAAAGAGAGCGGUACGGGUAAUGCGGCGGCGACCCAUGUCACAUGCUAUCGCAUGGACAGCGCUGCGUACCCUUCUAAUAUGUUGAUCAACUCGCCUUCGAAUGCGAUGCUGGAUCGUGCAGGCAUGAUCUUGUUUGCGAUGCUAAGCGGUGGUGAUUACCUUCCCUCUGGUGUUCCGAAAUGUGGCAGCAAACUGGCCGGCGAAAUUGCCAGAGCGGGCUUCGGAGAAGAUUUGUUGGAGAUCAUCGAUUCCAAUGGUCCCGACAUGGAGGAGCGGCUGAGCGAGUGGAGAGAAAGACUUCAAUAUGAGCUCGAGGAGAACGAAAGCGGCUACUUCCAGACCAAGCACAAGGUUGUCCGAGUGCCGGAGACAUUCCCGGACAAAACUGUUUUAUCAUAUUAUGCCAAGCCCGUGGUGUCGACAAAGAGUGAGAUCGAUGUUUUACGGCACCGCUUGAGGAAUGCAUGGGACCAAGAGAUUGACGCGGUGCAGCUGAGAAGGUUCACCGCUGACACCUUCGACUGGAAGUAUCGUUCCGGUGCGAGAAAGGUGACCAAACUACUGGCCGAACCUCUAGUUUGCUACAGACUCCGCCUUGGAAAACAGGCCUCGGCCUUCUCCGCAAACCAGCCGAGACUGUCUACCAGCGAAGUGCCGAUGCUGCAAAAAAUCAACAAGAGCCGAGAAACCUAUAGCACAGAUGGUAUGACCGAAUAUCAGGUUGACAUAGUUCCCGUCGACGUCGUUGGCUUGGACAUCAUGGCCGAAGAACCAAACCCUCCCUUGCCUUCGCCGGGAACCACUGCGUCAGCCGACGAAGACGAAGAGGAGCUUGAGAACACCGCGGAUCCUGCUCCCCAGACAACAAUCAAAAGGCGUGUCACAAAACGGUACGACCCUUACAGCACCGAUAAGAUCUGGAUCUCCAAGACCUUGGCAACGAUAGGGAUUCCAGACGUUGUGGAAAAGUGGAAGAAGGCAGAAGCGGAGAAAGCGGAGAAAGCCAACGCACCGAAGAAGGCCACACGUAAGACGGGCCCGCGGAAGAAAGUCAUCGACCCGGGUAUGAAGCAGGGAAGCAUCUUGAAAUACGGAUUUUUGACAAAGGAGCGCUCGGAGAUUGGAAGCGACAAGCGCCUACAACUCGCGAAGAUUACAGAUGAUUCCGGUCUUUAG